AUGGCUGGUGGAAAAGCAGGAAAGGACUCCGGAAAGACCAAGACGAAGGCUAUUUCGCGCUCUCAAAGAGCAGGUCUGCAGUUCCCAGUGGGCCGUAUCCACAGACACCUCAAGUCUAGGACCACAAGUCACGGCAGAGUGGGAGCCACUGCAGCCGUAUACAGCGCGGCUAUUCUCGAGUACCUUACAGCCGAGGUGCUGGAACUGGCAGGAAACGCAUCAAAGGAUCUCAAAGUGAAGCGUAUUACUCCACGCCACUUGCAGCUGGCCAUUCGAGGAGAUGAAGAGCUGGAUUCCCUCAUCAAAGCUACCAUUGCUGGAGGAGGUGUCAUCCCCCAUAUUCACAAGUCUCUGAUCGGAAAGAAGGGCCAGCAGAAGACCGUAUAA